AAUCCUCAUUCGUUCCCAGUCUCGUUUUUCAAGUCGCUGUCAUACACUAGCAGAGAUUUGUUGUUUGAUUUAAUGUCGCACGGAGACGAACCAUUUCAAAAUUUGUAAAUUGAAUUGGAAAAAUUUUGAUCUGUAAAGUGUUCCAAUGAACAAUUGCUAUUGUUCCGUUUACGUUAAUUGAGUAAUAAAGGUCGUGAUUGGGAUUUAAUCAAUGUAAAACAAGCGAAACACUGAAGUAUGCGUUUGGAAUAAAAUUGAAUAUUUUUUUUUAUUGUGAAAGGGAGACGAACCUCCUUUGUGGACGACGUAUGUUAUGUGCAAGAGCGAUUUUCCACAAUCGUCUUUGUGGUAAAUGAAAACACGUAUUAUUACCCAACAUUGCAAGCACGUGAAAGAAUUACCAAAACACUUAGCAACUAAAUUAAUUUCGUGCAGCUAAAAGUGAUUCCGAAAGACCUGUCCAAUCGCAUUUCGGAACUAUACAAUUUUUGUUGCAGUGAAUAACGAAAGGAAAAUACACAGAGAGCGGAAAAAAAAAGUUUGAAAAAACAAUUCGUCGGAUAAAAAAAUAAAUAAAUCUUUUCGGUUCAAAAUGAUGUCUGUUUCAAUUGUGAAAGCAAGUGCAGUGUUCGCUUCGAUUUUGCUGCUUUGUGUGGUGGAAUAUAAAUGCGAAAAAUUCAAUGAUGACUACUAUGAAUCAAGGGAAGUCAUUCUCGAGAAGUCAUACCAUGGAUUAAUAAAAGAAAACGAAACUUUCGUUGAGAUCAAGCCUGUGAUAAAGGUGGACGAGAAAAUAUGCGGUUUUCACAUAAUAAAAAAGGGCAAUCAUGAAGUGCCAUUUCAGAUUGAACUAGUCGACAAUUUGGGCAUUUUAAAAGCGAAAAAGACUCUCAACUGUGAGAAACACAAAACCUACAAAUUCGACAUUGCUGCUAGAUUCUGCGACGGUUCGGAAUCAAAGAGCGCCAAUGUGCACAUAUCAGUGAUUGACAUCAAUGAGUAUUCACCGACCUUCUUGCAGCCAUCAUACGUGACUGAGGUGGACGAGGGACGCUUGUAUCAGGAGAUAAUUCGUGUCGAAGCAACUGAUCGUGACUGUACACCAAUCAACGGUGAUGUUUGCAAAUACGAAAUUUUAACCAACGACCAACCAUUCACUAUUGACAAUGAGGGUUCGAUUCGUAACACUGAACCACUGUCGCACAAAGUUUCGCACAACCAUAUCCUAUCAGUCGUUGCUUACGACUGUGCGAUGAAACAAUCGGCACCGGUUAUGGUCAACAUUCGAGUUCGUCGAGUUUGCGAGGCUCGAUUGAUGGGAAUACCCGAGAGGAUUGAUUACACCGCUAAUUCCAUGGAAAGUGUUUCACUGUUCCCGAAAAUUCAUUUAGAAUUGUGUGACAUGCAAUGCAAGGACGAUGACUUAGUGAUUGAAUCAUCUGUUACUUUGAAGACUAAGCACAUCAGUUUCGGUUGUGAUCGUGACUCAUCCCGUUGCAUGCGAAGUGAUUUGGUUGAUUUGCUUCCGAAGAAUGCUGAUUGGACGAAAGAUUUGGUCUAUGACGAGGGUGUCGAAUCGGUUUUCCAUUUCGACGGAACAAGUGGAGCCAGCGUUCCAUCGACAUUGAUUUCACACCACGAUUUCGCUCUGCAUCCAUUUAGCAUCAUGACAAUGUUCCGUCAUCAUUCCAUGCUAUCCAACGAUAAACAUACCAAGGAGCAUAUCGUUUGUAGCGCUGACGAUCACAAAAUGAAUCGUCAUCACAUGGCGCUGUUCGUCCGUAACUGCAGAUUGAUUCUGUUGCUUCGCAAGAAUUUCAAUGAAGGUGAUUUGAAUAUCUUCAGUCCAGCUGAAUGGCGCUGGAAGAUUCCACAAGUGUGCGACAAUGAAUGGCAUCACUAUACCUUGAACGUUGACGUACCGAAAGUUGAACUAUACAUUGACGGCGUCAAAUUCGAACCGAACAUGGAAGAUCGCCACAGUAAUCCGGAAGUUAUCGAUGACUGGCCUCUACAUGCCGCUCACGGUGUCAACACAACACUAACCGUCGGUGCAUGCUACCAAGGUGCCGAAAACCGUAUGAAACAUGGAUUCAGCGGAGACAUAUCGGAAAUUAAAGUGUCGAUGCAAAAAGUGUUGACCCCUGAACAAAUCAAGUGUGGAACUGACUGCGCCGAACAUUUGGUUCCUCCAUCUGAACACUUCUUAGAGCCAGCACAACAAGUUCAAUCGAAUAGCCAGUUGAAUGAGGUAUCAAUCGAAGGUAGCAACAAGAGCAAUGUGGAAACUCUCCUGCAAAAGAUCCAAUACAUCAACAUUAAGCAGAUGCCGACUAUUGGACGCCGAAACAUCGAAGUAAAGGCUACCGUCAGCUGCCCGAAUAAAAUUGCGAUCCGUUUGCCAACAAUGGAAACCUACAUCAUGGUGAAUCCAUCAACAUCUCAAUUACAGUCCACCAAGGAACCAACCAACCAAGUCCAUGACAAACCAAUCACAGAAGAACAGAAACCGCAGAUAGUCAUUACUGGCAAUAAAAAUCAUUUGGUUACUUAUCCGGACAUCAAGAAAGGAGUUCGCAUUUUGGCAAAUAUUUCACUCAAUGUGUACAGCGGCGGUCGUAUUCGAGACAAUCUGCAGAAGUUAGACGCUUGCAGUGUCACUGUUUGGCCAAGUUUGAAUCCAGAUCAUGAAGCCAUUACUGUAGACAGUGACAAGGAAUUGUCGUCAACAUUAGACAUUAAAACCAAUAUUAACAAGGACGGAGCUGAAAUGAUGGGCUAUGAUACUACAGACAACUACUUGUCGGUGCUGAAGAGUUUGGUUUACACCAACAAGAAACCGGCAUACUACUUGAACAGAGUUUUCAAACUGUCCUGCACCCAAGUAAACGCUCAUUUCACCAGCGAUGAGUACGCUUUGACAUUGACUGUAUUGCAUCCGAAACAAACACCAACAUACGCACCAAAUGCCGCCCAACAGCAACAUGAACCAAACAUGUUCGCUCACGCUAUGAUACAUUCCCAUGAUAUUCAGGAGCCGUCCUCCAAGGUGCACAACAUUCUGCAAAAGACCCAAACAUCUCACUCCACAAUGCUGAUUGUUAUCAUAUGCGCAGCGUUUGUGCUCUUGAUCAGCGGCGUUGGUAUUGCGAGAUUAAGAAAUAAUUCGAACCGAAACGCGGAGAAACAUCAACCGUGUCCUAAGGUUGCACCGGAACAACAGCUGGACUGGGACGAUUCAGCCUUAACAAUUACAAUUAAUCCGUUAGAGAAUGGCGUCGUAUCAGACGAAAGCUCCGAUUCAGAAAAUUCAGAUUCGGAAGAUGAAGAAGCUACAAACGGAAGAUAUCGAAAUGUCAGCCAACUGGAAUGGGAUAAUUCGACGAUGUAAAUUCGAGGGUAAAAUUUUACACAAAGACCACACAAAAAUACACACACAUCCACACAUACAGUGACGAUACAAUUAAAACGGAAAAAGCACACACAAAAAUUUAAGUGAAAUAAAUAAUUUACAUCCCCCGUACACAUACUCAAUAAUAGCGUAUAAAUGGAAGAACAAAAAAAUGCAUUUUUUGAUAUAGAGAGAGUCAUCAGUCAGAUAAGAAAAUCAAUAAAACAAACAAGAAAAUUAUUAUAUUCGCUUCAGCGCGCAUUUAUAUUUAAAAGAUUGUUUUUUUCCCCCGGAAAAUAACUUGGAGAAGAGAAAAUAUUUUUUUAAAAAAGAAAAUCCAUUGAUUUGUGAUGUGAAUGUUUAUAACACUUUUUACUUGCACGAUGUGUUCUGUUUCCAAAAAGAAAAUUUUUUAUUUUGAUUUUUUGUUUUAUGUUUGAUUAUGUUAACGAAAGGAAAAACGGAUUUGAAAGAUUGUGGCAGAAACAUAAACAAAACUCAACUGCAAAUUUCAGUCAUUCCACCUUUAUGUGCAUUCUGUUUUGCGUGAAGAAGUUAAUUUUCUUUGAAUAAAGUUGAUCUGUUGAUCGAAUUCGAAAAUUGCUCAUUUCGAUUCCAUUUUUUCAGUUGAAAAUUUCUCCGAUUUAACUGAGAGUUUACGUUAGGAAACAAAAGUUCAAUUCACAAACAGGCAGCUAAGCAACAAUUUAUUUUGUGAAGACUUCACCCCGAACAUACGUAUUAAUCUAACCAUUUGAAACUGGCUUCUUCAAUCACAUUCUAUAAUUCUAUAAAUCUAUAAUUUCAACACCAAACACCGAUAUUUUAGUGAAUGAUCAAGGUAAAUGAGAACUUUUAUGAAUUUUAAGGAUUUUUGAGAAAUAAUUUUUGAAAAUUCUUUAAAAUCUCAAAAAUUCCUUAAUUUAAUAAAGAGUAAUUUCAAAAAUUUUCCGGAAUUCUUAAGAAUUCUGUGGAAUUAAUUUCUAAAAAAUAAAUAGGCAAUGCAACCGUCAUAUCCAAAUUGCGAGAACUUCCUCUCUAUAAAAAUUAUGAAAAAAAGAUGACAAAAAUCGGAAAACUGGACCUCUGCGGUUUUACCACCAAGUCGGAUUCUUUCGUCAUCCAUUCGUCUUUUCACGACUUCUUUGGUGGUUAUUAAUUUUUAGAAACGUUUUUCUUUGCUUUUUUACUGUGUUAAAGCAAAACUGUGUUUCAAGACUCUUGAGUCUUAUAUCUGGUUGAAGUUCGAGCACGAGAGACAAUAUCAAAAAGUGGGUGAUAUUCAAAACUGAGAAAAUUGGAAACGAAACAAUUUUCAACAAAACUUUGUUUUCGAAUGAUUUUCUUUCUUCAAAACUUUCGAUUGCAAUAAAUAUUUUUACAACAUUUUCUGGGCUUUCAGCACAUACAAACCGAAACCAUGUAGACCAUAAAUAAUUCUAAUGAGCAAAUAAAUGAGAAAAAACAGGACAAACGAUAAUUUAGCAACAAUAAUUAAAAAGCAAAGGCAUAGGCAAGGAAUGGAGAAUUAUUUUUUUAAAAACAUAACACUAACCAACCAACACACAGGAAUAUAUUAAAAUAUUUUAAAAUUAAAAAAAAAAAACAGAUGGAAAAUGUUCAGCUUGUGCAAUAAAAAUGAUAGGAAAAUUUGUGCAUGAUUAUAAAAAACGAACGCAAAAUGACGAAAAGAUUGAUUUAAAUCCGUUGAAAGUGAUGAGAAAAUAUAUUUAGGCAUAGGAAAUGACGGCACAUUCGUUUUUAUUUUGAAUUUUCUUUUUUUUUUCUGGAAAUUAUUACAAAAGAAAAUUGUUACUUCAAUUGGGAAAACAAAAUUUAAAAAUAAAAAAAAACUUUUAGAAAGAUGAAUAUUAUUGAAGUUGUAAUUAUAAUGUAACGAUAGAGUAUAGGCAAAACAAUGUCUUUGUUUCGUUAUAAAAAUAAAAACAAAAAACAAAUUGUAUUAACACUUUAGAAAUGUGAGAGAAAUUAGUUUCAAUCAAUCAAUCAAUACAUUAGAAAUUCUUCUGUGUGAGAAAAGAAAAAAAUUUAUUAAAAACAAAAAACAAACAAUCCAACAACAAAAAGUUUAUAUAUCUGAAUGUGUGUGAACCCUGGAACACUAAUUCGACACUAAAAUUAAAUGGAAUAAAACAAGAAAAAUCAACAACAACAAAAAAUUGCUAUUGAAAAAAACCAGUAAUCAUUAUAUAGUCAAGUAAGAUAUCAAUAGAAUAAUAAACGUAAAUAACGGAGAUAAAAUCGAAGACACUAAAAGGCGUGCGAAAUUUCAAAUUUUCUUUUUGUAUAGAAAACAAAAACAAAAAAGAUUUUUAUCAAGAAUUGAACGCCAGAAAUGGAAAAGUUAAAAUUUUCUUCUUUGACACAAAUGACUAUUUUAGUUGUUUCAUGCUGGUUAAAUAGAACCGAAUUUGUGUUUAAAAUUACUGUGCCACACACAGAUCACACAACAUAUAUACAGAGACACAGACACACUGAUUAGGCUGGAGAAUUUUUUAUCGUUUCGAUUUUGAUUUUGUUCUGAUAAUUUAACCGUUUUUCUUUACGUAUGAAAAAAAUACAACUCUUUUGGAUUAACUACUUAAACAUCAAAAUUCUGCACAAAUUUGUUAUAUGUAAAAAUAAAACAGAGAAACAAAAAAUAGUAACGGCAAUUUAAAGAAGAAAAUAAAUAAAAAAUGAAAAAAAAAAUAAGAAAAAAAUAAUUAAAAAAACAAAAAAUAUUAAAUGUGUAAAUUUGCGUCCAUAUAUGUUAAAAAAAAAUCUAAAUAAAAAAGAAAAAGUAAAAAAAAUCAUUUAAGUCCAUAAAUGCAAGCAGACCCAUUAAAACAUAUAAAAUAAACUUUACAGAUUUCAUAUAAAACUCUGGUGAU